CAUUGGGGUAUGACGGUGAAGAUCUGGAGAAGGAAACGAUCAUCUUGGAACGGGUAUAAAAACCAGAUUCAGCCUCUCGAUCCGCAUCUGAUCGUGAUAAUCUUCCUCUGCAACAGCGUUCCAUUCACACUCUUGUUCAUUCAAUUGUCAACCGAUCGUCUACUCCUCACUCGCUCAAGAUGUACUUUUGGUUGGCCAAAAUGAUCUUGUCCAUGUUUGUCGCGAGCCAGAUUUGCCAGUUUUCAAACGCAGCCUCCACAGCCUCCUACAACCAUCCCAAUGUCGACAAAGUGGAAUCGUUCUCGCCCGCUCAGCUCAAGGUUCUUCAUGUGUUAAGCAAUUACAUCUUGGCUUCGGAGGAGUACGAUCCAAAGAACCCUGAAGAGCGAUGGUCGUCCUAUUCAAUGGGCGACACAAGUCCCUACAGCAAGACACGCCCUCUCAAGAUGGCGAAGCGGAACUCUGAGCUCCUCAAUUCCUUGCUGGGCCUACCCAAGAACAUCUUGAGGAGUGGCCGUAAAUAGAAGACGUUCAAGGCUGAUCACAUUAAAAUUUUCCUCUUCUUAUAUACUAGUAGUAGUGCUGCUACUAUUACUAUUAUUAUUAUUACUACUACUACCACUACUUUUACUACUACUACUACUGCUCUUACUUCCACUUCUUUAUGGCCUUUCAUCCAGCAUUUUUUCCGUUUCUCUUUUUGAGGGAACCUGAGUUUAGACUAUUUCCAAGUUUGAGAACUUAGAGCGCGAUGGCCCAUGUCGCAAACACACCCGAACUCUACCCGAACCAAUGAAAUGAUGUGACUUUAAUCCAGAAAUGGUUUUAUCCUAAGAGAUGAAUAAGAUGAUGAUAGUGAGCCAUA